AUGUACCGACCGCUCUUCGGGUCUAAAAAUAAAAAGAACCAAGGACUUAGAGUCGACACCACUGUCGUCCACUCAACGCCUACGGAUGCCAUUACGCCUCCAUCCUCCGGCACUCUGUCCAAUUCUACCACCUCGACUAUAAAUUACCAUACAAGUAGAGGCAAUGCCGGCACGAUUACGCUGCCUGAAUCACCGGUAUCGCCGCUGGGAAGGUCCAUGAGUCCUAUCGAAGGAUAUCGGCGAAAUCCUCAGCCAGACAUGAGAGUGAUAGUGGAGGGAGCAGACUUCCCAAGCCCGGGUUCAGCAGAGUUUACGGAGCACGUGAGAGUAGUUGUUGAAGUCGAGGAGAUUGGUACGGCUGAGGAUUGUGCGGAGAAUUCUGCAGAACACAUUCGCCCAACUAGAAAUGAAAGAAAGAUGAGCUUUUGGAAGUUCAAAGGGAAAAGGAACCAAAGGGAGACAGACGAAGUGGCGCCUCCUGUAAGUGGUGGAGCGACUGAUAGCUCCAAUUCUCGUGCGUCUGAUGGAUCGAUUGGCGUUAAAGGUGGACCUAGUGGUGGAUUUCCAUGGUUUAAACGGAUGGGGAGUGGGAAGGGACAAGAAAAAGAGAAGGCAAAGGCAAAACAAAAGGAAGAGAGCGAAGAGAUUGAUGAGACGUCACUAACUACGCCUACGUUCAAUUCGCCUUCCUGGAGUUCAAAUCCGACGAGCAAUGGAAGGUGGAAGGGCAAAGAGAAUGAGAAUGAGGGAGAGAGGAGGAGAAACAAGAGUGAGUGCGAGGUUGCACUGUUAAACAAGGUAAGAGAAGGGGAGGAGGAAGACAAAAAGGGAAAAGGCAGAAGGUGGACACUGCCUCGAAUUGGAAGAAAAAGUGUUAUAGACGCACAGGAAAAGGAGAGUCCAUCGGAACGGUUGGAGAGAGAACGGCUGGAGAGAGAACGGGAAGAACGGAACAUCGCUAAUAGGGCAAGAUAUCCCGAUGGUGUUCUUGAUUGUUGUAAAGACGAAUUCAAUGAUCAGGGACGAUGCGCUGAAGGCCAAAUGAAUGGGUUUGUGUUAACUGAUAAGAAUCUCAAGGCCGAAGCCAAGGCCAGGAGACAAAGUGUCACCGCUCGAAUAAGACCCUAG